UUCAACCUUUACUGUUUAGUCCUCUUGGAUAUAUGUACAUUUCAAUGGCUGAAAGGAUGGACAGUGGUCUCUGUGACUGAUUAUUCUUUAUUUAGACAGCAUGGCCACUAUGCCUGACGAUGUUUAAAAGAUGAUGGAUUCCGACAAAUAUUUGGAGUCCCCGAAUUCAAUGUGCUUUGAGAAAAAGACCGUAUUUUCAGCGGGCCAAGACUUGGCUUCGAUUAGAAGCAAAGGAUUUGUUCAUCCUGAAACGAUACAUGACACCGAUGUGUGGGAGUGGAAAGCGCCUGACUUCUCCCCAAAGCUGUACACAUCUCUAUGUCUGCCUUGGAAGAAGAGUGAAAACAGACGUCCAGCUUUAUUCGUGUCCAACUCAAGAGAGACACUCCACGGGCUCAACAGAGUGAGCCAGAUAGUUUUACCUGAGAUUCAUCCGAGGAAAGAACAACCAUUCACUUUGCGAUACCGGCCUCCCGAUGCACUUGAAGCCAAGCUUACUUUUGUGAGAACAGGCAAAUAUCCUUCUCUAACCUAUACCGACCCCAAACCUCAUGAUUUCAGACAGUAUGCUGAUGAUAUACCAGAGAUGGUGUUCACCCUUGAAAAGGAUCCUGGAAACCUUAACUUCAAAUCCCGGCACUUGAGUACAAUUGGAGGGAUCAGAUCCUUGGGGAAUGUCCAGCAGAGGGCGAGCAUGAGGCGAUUUGACACGUUUAAGCCAGCAGAGCCCAAAUGGGAUACACAGUUGAUUCUCCCCAAGAGGCCUUGGCCCCCAAAGUCAGCAUCCUAUACAAGACACAGACGAAGGAGGGGAGUUCACAGUGCUCUAAUGGACAGAGUAGAAGAGAAGCUCACCAUCUCCUGGAAAAAUGGAUGA